AUUGUGGGUGUUUUUAACAGGCUAGGGGGAAUAACGAAAGCGGGAGCUAUGCGAGAGGGGUGUUAUGGAAAAAUCAGAUCGCUUUUAAACACCGUAUUCUUUUUUUAAUUUUUUUGGUAAAUGAUCUUGAGAAGUGGGCGCUUCGGAAAAGCGUGAUAUUUUAUCCAGAAUACAGGUUUCAGCCUAUCGGGUCCUGACCUACCUAUCAAUAUGAUGUGCGGAUUUGCAAGUAACCAGUCUCCAAAAAAGCUAUCUUCAAAAAAAUCAAGUGCAACUAAUGUUCACUUAGAAAUUAGUCCAGUGAAGCAUCACCCUCCAUGCAAAGUCUAUGAAAAUGUGCAAGGCUCCUGCUUGGAUAGUGCAAUCUGCACAACAGUUGCAAAGUGUGCAGACCUUACAGAUGAUCUGCCUGUACACAACAAGGAGAAUCUUUUGCAUAGACUUAAUGAUUUAGAAACAAACAGUUAUGAAGAAUAUAGUGCAUUGCAAGAUAGUGGUUAUUCGUCAAUACUGCAAAAUGACUCUCCAUGUCAAGAUGAAACAGACCGGAAAGUUUCAGAUAUUCAAGUACGUGAAACACCAAAGAAUUUCAUGUCAUACCAAAGACCCUUCCAUACUUUAUCUAAAAUAAAUUUGCCGAUCCUUCGUUUUGAAGAAGCUGUUUGUUCUACGCUGAAGAAAAUGAGAAAAACAAACAAAAAAAUUGACUGGAAUGCUGUUGAUGUCGUUUGUGGUGGAAACUAUGGACUUGAGCAUCUGAUUGGCAAAAGUAUGGGACUGGAAAGAUUCGAUAUACUUGCAGAACUUUUCCAUCGAGAUUUCAAGCAUUUGCUGACUAAAAUUUUAAGGCACCUUAGUGCAAUGGAUUUAAUAAAUGUCAUCAGUGUGAGCACAACAUGGAGAAAACUGCUGCAGAAAGAUAACUGGGCCUACAAUGCUUAUAAAUUAGGAUGCAAGGAGCUUUGUGAAAAGAGAGCCAAAGUAUCCAGCCACACUGCAACCCGUGAUGAGUCUCUCUGCCGUGUGCCUUUAGCAUCUGUUCAAAAAGUAGCAGCGUCCUCUCUCUGCACAUCAAAAAAACAGAGCAAGAAUAAAAAUGGAGGCCUGUCUUGUAACAGACUUGCAGAAUUUAUUGAGGUUGCUCAAACUUUAAAGAAUGACCAAAGCCUUAAGGUUUGUGUAGACUGUGGCUCCCCAGCUAAACAUGACCCUUGCCUUCAUCGAGCCAUCUGCACAAGAGAGAGCUGUAAAUUGGACUUUUGCACCCGUUGCUCUUGUAAAUAUCACUUUUCAAAAAGCUGCCUGAUGAGUAAGCCAGGGAGUUAUCGAAUUCCUUCAGAGCCAUUGCCCGGGAGCAAAAAAAGCAAACAGAAUUUACGGAGGUUAUAGUUUAAAAUUAAUUUAAAUCCUGUUUUGGGUAUAUUCAAAAGUGUCUAUACGUAUUUUAAUAUAUGUGUAUGUGUGUGUGUGUGCGCCAUCAUCUACGUUUUAGUAUUUUAAUGGAGCAUUUGUUUUAUUAAUUUUCUUACUCUUAAUGUUAAAAUAGGAGUCUUGUUUAAAAAUCAAAUUGUUUCUUCGUAGGUACAAUAUAUUUUAUAUUUCCAAACAAGAUUUGGCAUUUAUCAUGUAUAUCUAUAUGAAAUAUAUAUAUAUAUAUAUAUAUAUAUAUAUAUAUAUAUAUAUUUAUAUUUGAUCUCUUAUAAGGGAUCACUGCUUUUCUAAUUGGGGAAAAAUGUAUUUUCUAAAUACUGUAUAUAUUUGCAUUUUUGCGCAAAGUUUUGUAAAUAUGUUCAUUUAUAUGUGCUCUAUGGUUCGCUCUGUGUGCAGUAUAUUUUUCUGUGCUAAAUAAAUUAUUGCAAUU